UGCAUAAGAACGAAUCCUGCACCAAUGGCGGGAGAGUACAAAUGUUGUGCUGCUGUACAACUGUUUAUGCACGUUGGCCCCACACAGUUCCCAUUGAAUCCAUUUCACGAGGCGCACUUAACCUUCAACAUGACAAACAAAUAGGAGCUAGAGUAACACGUAAAUAUGAGCAGAGUGCCACUGAUGCUUUCAUAUUCAAUUACAGCUACAAGGCGUCCCCUGACCGACGAAGAACUGACUAAACUGGCUGAAACGCGUCCCAUCACAGUCCUCUUCGUCGGUGACCACAGCUACAGUACGAUAUCGAAGGAACAAUUCCUGAUAUAUGCACAAAGCCAGCUUAACAUGAUCAAUGCAGCCUUUGCAGAAAAUAACAUCAAGCUGAAGAUGAAAGUAUACGACACCUAUGUGCUGAAUGAGGAACAGGAAAGAAACCACCUCGUGGAAAUUCCUGGGAGACAGUUUCAGUCAAUUGACUCAGAGAGAACCUCUGAGAGACUUAAGGGAAGAAUAGUUGAAUACCCUGGGGUCAACGAGUCCGACAUCGUCUACGUAUUUACGAGAAAGCUCCUCAGCAAGGAAGGUUCUCAACAUACUAGUUGGGAGAGCUACGAUGCUGGUACCAUCUGGUGUGUUGCCUCUGCAACCGUCGUGCCCCAGUCGCCCGCACCGGCGUGA